AUGAAACUUCUGACACCCUCUCUCCUCAUUCUCCCCACCCUCCUAGCCAGCACAGUCCACAGUGCCCCGGAACCUCUCUCCGACACCGACACCGCCAACUGGUCCGCCCUCGCCCAAGCCCUAAAACCGUACACCAUCACCAUCCCCACCAAAACCGCCUCCCUGAAUCUCGAAAGCAUCUCACCCCCACCACACUCCGUAAUCCAUCAAGUGAUUACAGCUGUUCCGCCAACCGCUCUCACGCAGUUAUUUGUGCCCGCGAAACGCAAUGCCUUGGCGAGUGAGUUCAAGGCGGGGAAUACGCCCCAGUGGUAUGAGGCGCUACCGACGGAUGUGAAGAGUUAUAUUUCGGUGGUGAAGAGGGAGAUUGAGACAGGGACGGGGACUGGGGGGUAG